AUGUUUCCAAACAUGGUGACUACAGAAUUUUUGACACUCCCUCCAAUUGGUAGAGCCAAAAGUGUUGAUGGAGACAUCUUAGCCAGUCGUAAAAGUAAUGUCAGUCGAUUGGGAUCAGCAAAAAACAAAGGUUCAAAAGAGAAAGAGUCUUUAGAAAAGGAAUCUGCAGUGGAAGAUAAAAAAGAUGAUGGGCCACAAAUGGUUAUUCGUGUUUAUGAUGAAACCAAAGAUGUGGAACAGCAUUUCCAAUGUCCCCGUAGCAUUUUGAUAGAAGAAAUGAAAUAUUUUGGAGAGUAUCUCUCCUCUGAUCCUCAACAUAUCCGUGAGGAUUUUGACAUCUCAGUUCAUUGUGAUGUACAGAUUUUUGAUUGGCUAAUGAAAUAUGCCAAAAGAAACUUGCCUGGAGUUGACAGUGUUCCCAGUAUGGAUUCAAACAACAUUAUAUCUCUUUUGAUUUCCUCGGAUUUCCUCAAGAUGGAUUCACUGGUACAGAAAUGUAUUAUUUACUGCCAUGACCAUAUGUCAGAGAUCUUAAGGGCUCCAAGUAAUAUGAACUGUAUCAAUGACAAACUAUUCUUUUUCUUUCUCUUUUUCUUCUUUUCCUUUCUCUUUUCUUUCUCUUCUUUUUUCUUUUCUUUUUCUUCUCCUUUUUUAUUUUCUUCUCUUUUUUCUUCUUUUCUUUUUCUUCUUUUUCUUUUCUUUUUCUUCUUUUUCUUUUCUUUUUCUUCUUUUUCUUCUUCUCAUUUUUCUUUUCUUCUUCUUUUUCUUUUUUUCUUCUUUUCUUUUUCUUCUUCUUUCCUUUUCCUUCUUUUCUUUUCCCUUUUCUUCUUUUCUUCUUCUUUUUCUUUUCUUUUCUUCUUCUCCUUUUUCUUUUUCUUCUCCUUUUUCUUUUCUUUUUCUUCUUUUUCUUUUUUCUUUUUUUUCUUCUUUUCACUAUUAUGCAAUGAGACUGCAUCAUGCCAUCAAAGUGACACAGGUAUUUUCUUCCUCUUUUUAUUCAUUUCUCUUUUUUUUCUUUUCAUUUUCUUUUACUUUUUUGCUCUUCUUAUUAUUAAGAAUAAAUUAUUUGCCAAGAAAAUAGCACGACUUUUUGAUGCAAGUCAAAAUCCAGAUUCGUUAGAAAAUGCAAUUCAACUUUUCAGAUGUUCCUACUGCAGCAAGUUGCUCAUACCUAAGUAUGCCAAGAGAAUUGAAUGUUUACCAAGCAGGCUAUCAGUCAGCAAAUUCGGUCACAUCAUUUUUUAUCAUGUUCCUGAUGUGACAUUUGAUAUCAACGACUACAUUCUCCAACUGAAGUCAGAGCUUUGCACAUGGCGUAACGUUUACUGGAGACUCUGGGGCACUAUCAAUUACUUGACAUGCACGAGAUGUGAAAGCAAAUUCCCUUGUUACCAACUUGGUCACUGUCACUACCAUCCUGAACACCCCCGUUUCAAUGACGUCAACAAAGAAGACCAUCCGAACUUGACUGGGAUCUACCCUUGCUGUCAUCAGAAAGUGCCAAGGUUUAAUCCCACAAAUUUGGAUAAAGGUUGCAGAGUCCGUGAUCAUAUUGUUAAUCUUUCAACAGGAAUAGAAAACACAACUUCAUCUAUUGCAACUCUGAACCAAAUAUACAAUGACUUACUGUCACAUCGAGAUACAGUGUGUGUGCCUUAUGAAAGAGAAGAUCUUUCAGAAGAAGAAGAGAAAGUAAACGUUUUUGGUAAUGAAGACUUUUUAAAGCAAGCUUCUCCAUCACUGAACUCUGCCUUGUUGAAUCUCAAUGCUGGAGAUGAUGACUACAGAUUAGAUAACUAUAAACUUCAGAACAGACCUCGAUUCAUACAAGAUCCUGACUACGAUAACCAAAUCUGUAGUCCCAUUGACAGUGAUGAUGAAGUAGGUGAUGAUGAAGUAAUUAAAGUUUCAAAAAGGCAGUUUCAAAAAGCACGGAUGAUAGCUGACACCCAGAACAUUUUGCUGGAAACCCCUGAAUUUCAGCCAACUCAAAAAUCAUUGUGGAAUGCACAACGUUCUGUGAGGUAUAACCAGGAUGCCCAGCGCCAAGAAGAUCUCAGAAGAUUGAGAGACAUUGUCUCUUAUUUGACCAAAUUAAGGCUUUCUGCAGACAAAGUGGAAAAGUCAAAAAAAGAGCACCCAGGUGGAGUUUAUGCCCGGAUUGAAAGUCAGUGGAAAAAUAAUGUUUUACAAGCUGGAAAGUCUUUGAAUCAGCAAAUGGUGAGGCCCAAAUUACGAGUUGGAUUAAUGAAAUAA